GUCAAAAUCCACAUUCUUUAAGUUAAUAAUCCUAAUUACUAAUCCCAUAUGAAUCUCUCAUCUUCCUACCUUGACAACCCAUUUGUGAGAUCCAGACAUACUCCAUGGUCCAUACUGGUCUACAGCUUUAUCUGACAAAAGGAACAAAUCCAUUGUACUAAUGCUGACCAGCUUAGUUGAAGAUCAUUAUCUGCUUCCCUGUAUUACACUAUUACCCCAUCUCUCUCUCUCACUUCCUAAUAAAAUAGUCAGCCAGAUACGUAUAUGAUCUUUUUCUGAAUCUCAGACAAAAAACCCAGAAAGAAAAUAGACGAGAUAUAUAUGGCUAAGUCUCAAUUCUCUGCGCUACUUUGUUUAAGCAUUGUGGUGGGUUUUGGGUUUCUCAGUGGUUCUUGGGCUAAAGAGACUGUUGGGAUUUAUGAGCUCAAGAAGGGAAAUUUCUCUGUAAAGUUCACCAACUGGGGUGCCACUAUCAUGUCCCUUGUUGUGCCUGACGAACAUGGAAAGCUAGCCGAUGUUGUUCUUGGAUAUGAUAAAGUCAUGGGCUACAAGAAUGAUUCAGUUUACUUUGGAGCCAUUGUUGGACGGGUAGCCAAUAGAAUCGCGGGUGCUCAAUUUACUCUAGAUGGAAAACACUAUAACCUAGUAGCUAAUGAAGGGAAAAAUAUGCUUCAUGGUGGUUCAAAGGGAUUUUCUGAUGUUAUUUGGGAAGUAAAGAAGCAUAGCAAUAAAGGUCCCGCUCCUCACAUCGUCUUCGCUUACAGCAGCUUUGAUGGUGAAGAAGGAUUCCCUGGUAAUCUCUCUGUCACUGUGUCCUACACCCUCCCGGAAGACAACCAAUUGGACAUAAUAAUGAAAGCCAAAGCCCUAAACAAGGCCACACCAGUGAAUCUAGCCCAGCACACGUAUUGGAACCUUGGCGGCCACGACAGUGGUGAUGUCCUGUCUCAAGUAAUUCAGAUCUUUGCAUCACAUUAUACACCUGUUGACGGCAAGCUUAUUCCAACUGGCAAAGUUGUGUCGGUGAAAGGUACACCAUACGAUUUUCUCGAACCCCAUGCCAUCAAUUCCAAGAUGGACAAGCUUCCCAACGGCUAUGAUAUAAACUACGCGCUUAAUGGCGGUUUGAGCCACAAGAUGAGGACAGCAGCUAUCGUGUACGAUAAGAAGUCAGGAAGGAAGAUGGAGCUACUGACGAAUCAACUGGGUGUGCAGUUCUAUACAGGAAAUUAUCUGAACGGCGUAAAGGGAAAACAUGGAGCUGUAUAUCAAGCUCAUGCAGGACUAUGUUUUGAGACUCAAGGGUUCCCUGAUGCAGUGAAUCACCCCAACUUCCCUUCACAGAUAGUGAGACCUGGCCACACUUACAAGCAUCAUAUGCUGUUCAAGUUUUCAACUCAUUAGGCCACCA